AACGGUCUAUUGCCUUCCCCUCUGCUGCUCUGCUCUGUUCGCUUGUGCUCCUUCUUUCCAUGGCGGCAUACGCCGGAAUCCUAGUUCCACCGCUCCCCGUCCGCCUCUCGGUCUCUCACCUUAGAUCCGUUACCCCGGCUUCCUACUCCCUGAACCACCGUCCCCCCCGCCCCGCGGUCGCCCGUGCGGCUUCCCGCGGCAACGGCAACGGCGGGCCACCGGUGGAGGGGGAGAAGGAGCGGCGACGCUCGUCGCUCCCGGCGCUGUCGGAGAUCCGGUUGGGAGAGCUUCUGUCCCCGGACCCCGCCAAUGCCGUGGCUGUGGUGCUCACGGGCGCGCUCGUAUGGGCUGGCGCCUCACUGCUGCUGCAGCUCACGCUCAUCUCCGCAGCAAUCUUCGCCGCCGCCGUCAAGUACUCGUUUGUCGCCGCGCUCCUGCUAAUCGUCCUUAUCGCCCUGCUGUGAUCGACCCGGCCAAGAAAAAAGCUGUAAGUUCGCACGAAGCAUUCCGAUUGAAGAUCACGUAGAGGGCAAAGCAGCGGAUUUCAAAUGUUUCCAUUUUUGUAUGGAGCAGUACUGCAGUAGAAAAUAUUUGCCUGCCAGUGCCAGGUGCGUUUAUUAUUAUUAUUGUUU